UUCAAAACUCUUAUCAAAUCAACAAAUAAGACUCCCAAAUCUCAUGCUUUAAUUAUAUUAUUUGUUUUUCUCCAUUUAUAUAUUCUUCCCUUACCUAGCGGUUUGAAUAUUGAACAACCGUGUCCCUUUUAUUUCAUACAUUACCGGUCUUUCUCUAUAUAUAUAUCGACUCCGUUAUUACAUUACUCAUAAACACAAUUUCUAUAAGCACAGAUUUUAUUUCAAAAGGAUAAAUAUAAUGAUUUCUACAUGGAGAAGGCGGAGGGCAGCACGGCGAGCCGGAAAAGAAAGACCGGAAGAUGAACAAGGCGAGAUGGAGUUAGCCAUACCGAAUCAUUUUCGGUGUCCGAUAUCGCUGGACUUGAUGAAAGAUCCGGUGACUUUUUCAACUGGGAUUACUUAUGAUCGUGAAAGUAUUGAGAAGUGGAUAGAGAAUGGGAAUGUUAAAUGUCCUAUUACAAAUCAGGUUUUCAGGAGCUUAGAGCCUAUACCAAACCACACAAUACGUAAGAUGAUUCAAGAUUGGUGUGUGGACAAUAAGUCUUACGGGAUUGAAAGAAUUCCUACGCCGAGAAUUCCUGUAAGUUCUAUGGAGGUUUCGGAGAUUCAAGCUAAGAUUAGUAUGGCUUCCAAAGGAGGGGAUAAAAUUGGGUGUCAAAAUUCUUUGGCUAAAAUCAAGACACUGAUGAAAGAAAGUGAAAGAAACAAGAAAUGCAUUGUGGGUCAUGGAACAGCUAGUGUAUUAUCACUUGCUUUUGAAGAUUUCUCGAGAGAAUUAUCUUUAAGUGAAAACGUUGCUGUUUUGGAGGAAAUAUUGUCGUGUUUGACAUUAUUUUUGCCUCUCGAUGGAGAAGCCAAGAGUUAUCUCGGUUCAGCUGUGUCUAUGGAUUGUUUAGUCUGGUUCUUGAAAGGGGGAGAUUUGACUAGAAGAAGAAAUGCCGUUUUGGUCCUUAAAGAAAUUGUUUCGUCGGACCAAAGAAAAGUAGAGGCUUUAUCAGGAAUUGAAGGAGCUACGGAAGCUUUAUUUAAGCUUGUUAAAGAACCUAUUUGCCCUACUUCAACAAAAGCUUCACUUGUGACUAUUUAUCAACUGGUCACACUCACUCCUGCAAAUGUAAAGGUCAUCACCAAAUUUGUAGAUAUGGGUUUGGUCUCAUUGCUCGUAGAAUUGCUUGUCGAUGCCGAAAGAAGUCUAUGCGAAAAGGCAUUAGGGGUUCUCGAUGGAAUUUGUGGAUGUGGUCAAGGACGAGAGAAGGCAUACGAUAAUUUUCUAACAAUCCCAGUUAUUGUCAAGAAAAUACAUAGGGUUUCAGAUUUGGCAACAGAGUUUUCUGUUUCGAUUUUAUGGAAGCUAUGCAAAGGUGAGAAAAGGGAAGAUGGAGGUGUUCUUGUUGAAGCUCUUCAAGUUGGUGCUUUCCAAAAGCUAUUGCUUCUAUUGCAGAUUGGUUGCGGUGAAAAAACAAAGGAGAAAUCAACCGAGUUACUGAAGAUGUUGAAUCCUUAUAGGGCAAGAUUGGAGUGUAUUGAUUCUUCUGAUUUCAAGGACCUCAAAAGGCCUUUUUGAUUCAAAAAUCUAGUUAAUAUUGUUAAAAAAAAGAACAUACUCUAAUAUACACACAAUUGAGAUAUUUUCCAUUCAAUAA